CCUUUCCAUAAAAAGCACUAGCCCCCUCCCCGCAAUUCUCCCACAAUCCAGGGGCCUCUCCGCAAAAUAUCCUUCUCCUUCCUCCCCCAUUCCCCUCCGCCGCCCGUGAGCUCGAGCUCCGGCGAGCCCCCGAUGCUCCCCUACGCCACCGCCGCAGAGGCCGCGGCCGCGCUGGGGCGCAACCUCACCGCGGCGGAGUCGCUCUGGUUCCGCUACUCCGCGCGCGUCCCCGACCCCCUCCUCUACUACCACAACGUCCUCUUCCUCCUCGUCAUCUUCACCCUGGCCCCCCUCCCCCUGGCCCUCCUCGAGCUCCGCCUCCCCUCCGCCAUUGACGCCUACAAGCUCCAGCCCAAGACCCGCCUCUCCGCCGCCUCCUUCGCCAAGUGCUACUGGGACGUGAUGCGCGUCUUCAUCCUCGUCGUCGGGCCCCUCCAACUCGUCUCCUACCCCACCAUCAAGUUGGUAGGGAUCAGGACAGGGCUGCCUCUGCCGACGGCAGGGGAGAUGGUGGCGCAGCUUGUGGUGUACUUCUUGAUAGAAGACUAUGGGAAUUACUGGAUUCAUCGGCUAUUGCACGGGAAAUGGGGGUAUGAGAAGAUCCACCGCGUCCACCACGAGUUUACGGCGCCAAUUGGUUUUGCUGCGCCAUACGCGCACUGGGCGGAGGUGCUUAUUUUAGGGAUCCCAUCCUUCGUGGGGCCCGCCAUUGCCCCCUGCCACAUGGUCACCUUCUGGCUCUGGAUCAUCCUCCGCCAGGCCGAGGCCAUCGACACACACAGCGGAUAUGACUUUCCACUUAGUCCAACAAAGUACAUUCCUUUCUAUGGGGGAGCGGAGUACCAUGAUUAUCAUCACUAUGUAGGAGGACAGAGCCAAAGUAACUUUGCUUCCGUGUUCACAUACUGCGACUACAUCUACGGAACGGACAAGGGCUACAGAUACCAUAAGGAACACUUAGCAAAGAUGAGGGAACAGUGGAGAACAAGUGGUCAAAAUGGUGAAUUAAAUGGCGUUAACCAUAAUCAGAAGUCGGCAUAGACGCAGCUUUUUUUUUUUAUUUAUUUUUUGUUUAGAUCUCUGUUGAAAUUCUCUUGUUCUUUGUCUAACAAUGGGCAUUCUCCUUUCGAUCGGCAGUAGCAAGCUUUAUGUAUUGUUGUCUUUGCUUCUACUGAACUUCACUUUCUAUGCCGAUUUGAUGAAAUGGAUCAAAGGACGCAUCCACCGCAUUAAGUCUUUGGGCAGAGGCGAUGCUGCAUCGAGUCUGUCUCUUUGCUAUGGUCAUAUGUUCAUAACUUUGAAUGUUAUGUGAGUAUGAAAACAUAGAAAUUCUUGAACUGUCAAAGUGACUGGUUCUUCCUUUGUAUUAUUACUUUGAUUUCA